AUGGAAAUUGCGUUACCCUCAACUAACAACAACACUGGCGCAGCUCUGCAGCUGCAUAGCAAUGAAAUUGCUGAUGGCGAUGAUGAGGAUGCUGCUCCUGCUGCUGCUGCUGUUACCAACCAAAGCCAACCAGGGUUGGCUUUCCCCACGCGUAGAUCCAAAGUGCCAUCGAGGCGGGGUUCUAUUUCAAGCAAUAAACGAACGGUCCAAACAACCGAGAGGGAUAAAACCAAAAACAUAACAACAACAAAAAAACAGUUUGAGCGGCUGGUGCAGCUUUUGGAGAAGAACCCCGACAUCGCAAAAGGAUUUAUGCGUGGUAACUCCGGACCAUUUUGGAACGAUUGUGCUGCUGAAUUAAACAGUUUGGGACCAUCCAUCCGUGACGGGUCUGGAUGGAAAAAGGUGUGGGCGGAUUAUAAAUCAGCGUUGAAGCGCAAACUCUCUCACAACAAAAGAGAGCAAUGGGCAACUGGAGGAGGACCCAACAGAACGAUACAUUUGUCUGAGCUAGAGGAGCAAGCGGUUCAGCUAACUGGACAGUUGGAAACCGUAGAAGGAAUACCAGGUUGUUCUUCACAAGGAAUACCUAAGGGAAAAAACAACGAGGUUAAUACAGAUGUAAGUUGCGAUUCAAUUGACGAGUCCGACGAUGCGAAUGAUACGGCUAUUCCUCAAUGCUCCCAACCAAAGAGACCUAGGCUAUCUGCCCUCAAUUUAGUUCAAAUACAAAUUGAACAACAACAGAAAUUUCACUCGGAAAUGAAAUCGCUGUUGGGUACCUCAAACAAAAACCUCAAUGAUAUGGUACAUUACCAACGCCAAUUCGCCAAAGCAAUCAACUCAAUAGAUACUGGUCUCAAAGAAAUGUUGAAAGAACAAAAUCGACAUAACCGCGAAAUGGAAAAAAUCGCUCGAGAGAAGGUUAAAAAAUGA